CAGCAGCUCGGCUCCGCCGCUCGGUGUUUGAUUAUUUUCUCCUGCUCGUCUUGUUUUCAUGAAAUGACGGGACGCGAGAACAGCUAGCCCAUUGCACGGCUCUGUCACUACAAGGAGAGGAUAGCCUUCAACAUCAUGGACGCAUGUGCACGUAUUAAAGGGGCCCCUUUAAAGAACCGUGCCACCAUGAGGAAGGAGACAAUUCGUGAGGGCUCGCACCCGUGCCUAAAGAGCCUGUUGAAAUACAAGAAGGAGCUCUGCAAUGUGGUAGUGGAUCUACAUAAUAAGGACACGCAUUGUCUUUCUGAACUGAGUGAUUUUGAAAGCCUCCACGACAGCAGAGACUGUAUUGGUGAUAAGAUAAUGGUUAGACUCAACUGGGACAGUUUAGCGGUACAUUAUGUAUGCUUACCUAGUCUUGCUGAGGGGGAGAAUUUCACUCUACAGGCCCUGACAUCCCUCUCCACUGAGAUGAUGGAGCUACUACGAUCACUACAUGUAAAUACACUUAAAGAUGAAGAGAUCCUGCUCCUCAAAGACCCCAAAAGGCCCUUUGAGAGAAAAGACAAUAUUUCUCAGCAUCAGGCAGGCUGGUCAAGAGCCUUGUGUAUUUUGCGGCAUAGCUCCAGUCCACAGAUAAGUGUUUGCACUAUGCUGGGGUUGUUGGCUCGAUACACAGCUGGCAUAAGGUAUGCCCUGGAGUUACAGGUUCUGCAGAGAGGUACAUCAGAAGCUUGUCAGGCUGAGGAUGAUGACACAAAUCAGUCUGUCUCUUCUAUUGAAGAGGACUUUGUUACUGCUUUUGAGCAUCUUGAAGAGGAAGAUACAGGUGCCCAUAGUCAGCGAAACAAUAGAGAUGUGGCUUCCCAAACACUCCCGUCUCACUCGAAAGAAUUGUCAGGAUCAUGCAUCAUAAUAAGUUCUAUAUCCAAAAAAACAGUGUGGAAGGAAAAAGCCUCUGCACAAAUUUCAGAAUCUGUCCAGAAGUCAACAGCGUGGGCUGAAGAUUCAGAGACCGUGUACACACCUAGUGGUCCCCCAAAGGGACGUUCUACCUCCACAUCUCUUACAGAGUCAGAUGAGUCAGACUGCUCAAGUCCCAGCCCUAUUAUAUUUCUGGAUGAAGUUGGAUAUCAGAAAAGUCUUAAAGCAAAACUUGACAUUCCCAAGAUCCCUGUUUUAAAAGAGGGAGUGGAAGAUUCUGACUCAGAAGUUAGUGAAUUUUUCGACAGCUUUGAUCAGUUUGAUGAACUAGACCAGUCUUUUGAUUACAAUAUUAAGGGUCUGAAAGAACAGCCCCUCCCAGGUCAAGAAGGAAAGAAGCAUGUUGCCACCUCUGGAUGUAAACUUGUGUCAAGGGGAUGUUCAACCACAGCAAUGAACCCUCACAAGUUUGAUCACAGGAUUCUCCCUGCCAAUGUCAAGAAACCAACUCCACUCAAACCAGGAUCACCAUACAGUAUUCACUCUGAUGCACCCGAUUCCCCACGGCCACCCAAGACUCCGUGUGAUGAAAACGGGCUCUUCAGUCCUGUUCGCUCAUCCGCAUUCAGCCCGCUGGCUGAUGGAGGGUCUUUAGAGUAUUUUUGGAAAGCAGAUGGUGAUAGCUCAGAAUUACGUAAACCGCAUGACCUUUGCUCGCUGUACAAAACUUACUCUGACUUUGCCAACAACCUGUCAAAAGAAAUCCUUGGAUCUGUUUGUGGGUACUCCUCCCCUGUUGAUUUUAACAUAAACAAGAACUUGAGCUGUGUCUGUCACAAGGAGUUCCAAAACACUAAUGGGCACCUAAUGAAGCUGUCAGACAUUCAAGAGACGGUCACCAUCACCAAGACACAGUCACAGUCUCUUAAGGAUGGGAUUCAGAAGUUUGCUGCAGACUUGGUCGAAAUGAGCAUUGGAAGUGCCUUAAGGGACUUGCAGAAAGGAGUGUCCUCUUGUACCACUACAGUUUGCCACUUGGCUGCAAAGCUGACCUCUUCAGUUUUUCAAAUGGCCUUUCAUGAGAUAGGAAUGCGCCAUGCAUAUGUGUUAAAAGAGCGUGCCAUAAAUGGAUUGGCUAGUUUCGUUGUAGGUGAAGCCAUUUCUGGAGCCCUCAAAGAGUUUCUGUUUGUGAAAAAGCAGAUUUUUAACAACACUGUCGCACGAUUUGCAGCAGAUCUUGCUGAGGAAUUAGUGUUUGAAGGAAUUAUGGAGGUUUGCCAAUUUUCACAUCCCUCCACACCUCUCACGCCUAGUGACUGGUCUUUUGAACAAGAGGAGGAAGUGGUUUCUUCCUAUGCCUCUGACCUGUCAGAGUCAGUACUUCAAGAAGCUUUUAUAGAGCUGUCACAAGCUGAUGUUACUUUUACCACGCAGGCAGCUAUCAGUGUAUCAGUGGAUAACAUAUGUUAUGUGAGUGCUGAGGUUGCAUCUCUGGUCACAAAUACUUGCAGUGCCCAGACCAGCUAUCUUGGAUCUCAGGCUGUAGCAGAGGCUGGAAACCAAGAGCAUGAUGGUUGCACAGUUAAGAAAGCCUUGUAUUGUGUGUCAGGUAUGGUCAGUUGUGUUCCAGUACCUGUGGCUGGUAAGGUCAUAUCCCAUGUACGCAACUCAGAAGAACCUACUCAGUGUAAAUCCAGUAUCGGGCAGAUAUGCGAGACCAGCCCCAAAAGAACCAUUUGUUGCCAAGGCAAAGUCACAACCUUCACCUCAGAUACCUCUGCCGCAACUCAAACUAAAUCAUUGCCAGGUCUUUCAAGAAACCGGGAUACUAAUGAAGAACAGGAAAUUAUUGGCAGUUCCUCCACUGAAAGCAAUUCCGGUAAACCAUCAAUUGGAAAAACCUUUCAGAACUUCUCUGGCAAUGUCGUAGACAGUAUAGUAGGUGAGGCUUUUGAUCUCAUGCAUUCUUCAACAAAGGUAAAGAAGAAAGUAGAGGAUUGUGCAGACUUUUUGAGCAAAACCAUAGCAGCACAUAUAUCCACUCCAACCCAUGGAAACGUUAAAUCACAGGAUGCUGUUUCUCAGAGCUCGCAAGCUCAAAAAGGUCUCUUUCACUUGGUAUCAAAGGGCUCUUGUGACACAGCCUCUAGAAGUAUACGGCCAGUCUCUAAGCCAACGUCAGAGGUUCGUUCUGUCAUUAAAAUGGACACAUUAGAAGUGCCCAGUUUUGAUGUUUCCCCCUGCAGUGGUAGAAAAGUAGGAGAGGACAUUUUUAACGCCAACUGCGUAGCAAAAUUGAUUGAAACCCCUAGCACUCCACCCUCCAGUCCUCAGCAGCCAUUGGAUGAGAACAGCGAGAAACAGGUCAAACAGUUCUCUAAAAAACUAAAGGGUAAGCUUGCAAAAGAAUUUUCUCCUGCAACUCCUCCACCCACUCCUUAUUACCCACCUGCCACAGAUUUUAAAGAAACAGGAUCAGUUUCAGACAAGGCAGAUUUCAUGUUAAAGCUCAUUAGGUCUCUCUCAGAAGAGGCUGGCACCAAUGAAGAUGAGGAGGAGGACCAGGAAGAUGUAACUCACUCUAGAAAAUGCCAGUCAGAACUGAGCCCUAACGUCAGGAACAGAAUGGUUGAGAGAGGAGCCCUUCAUUAUGCAGAACGUUUAGCAUGCCACAUUGUUUCCAUGGCAACUGAGAUGGAUACGCUAAGCUUUGGAGAUGUUAAAAAGCCAGUGGGUGAGGACAGCAAAGGCAGUGUUGCCUCACACAGUGCACAGUUCUCAGAACAGACUUUGAAUUCAUUGUGGACAUAUGCUGGAGAAGUGGCCGGAGAAGUCAUCAAUGACGUAAAGAGGAUGGUGAGCUCAACCCAUUGCCGUCACAAAACGACAAAAAGAGGAUCUGCAAACUCUGCAGACAAGCGUCAGAGUGAAGAUUACAAGGAUGGCCUGCUGGGAGGUUUGGCCUAUCAAUGGUCUGGUGACGUCCAGGCAUCUGUCCAAAACUCUCAGAGUGGCGGUUCAAGCGGGAUGUCUUCUGACUAUCCAAGCUGUGAGAGUGUCACUGACGAAUAUGCAGGAUACCUCAUUAAAGUUCUCAAGAAAGAGGGAGGCAGCAGAGAACUUAUAUUGGAUCAGUAUGCCACUCGUUUGGCCUAUCGAUCUAUUAAAUCAGGCCUUGCUCACGCCGCACAAAAAAUAAAGCAGAGAUCCCCUUUGAGGCUUCAUUCUUAUAAGCGUUUACACAGUGAUCACAGCCAUGGUAUUUCUCAAAUCCCCAUAUCCAAGUCAUCCCAUUGUGUUCUUUCUCAUGGAACAGAUGGAUCCUCUUGUGAAUCUCUGCCAUGUGCUUAUCAAGAUGGCCAAGAAAUUAGUAGUAGUGAAUAUGUAGAACUUGUGAACUUCGCAGAGUCGUUGGCCUACAACAUCACGUGUGAUGUUACAAGAAAGCUUCGAAUGUCGUCCGUUAGACUGCCGAAAUCUCUUACUGAUUCUUGCCUCUAUAGGAAAUCUAAUGUAGAGGACAUGCCAGAACAUCAAAUCAAAACUAUGUUUUCAGGCCCACUUUUACCCUACACAGAGACUAACAGACUCUAUCAUAGCACUGGCAGCCUGAAUGAUGGCAAAUGCAACAACGGCAUCAUGCAAGUGAUUGAACAUUAUGCCAGGAAGAUUGUCGAUGACACUUUGGAGAUGACACUGGGGCCAGCAUGUUUUCAAGCAGCAGGGGACAGGAGAGCCUUAGAACCCAAUUCUUUCACAGAAAAGCUGGCCAAAGCAUAUGAAUCCUGUCGCUACUGCCAAGGUCGAGAUUGCUUGUUUUGCAGCAGAGACGGUCGACGGUUGAGUUUUCAGGGACUGAAAAGGAGACGAAAACAAGAGUCUGAUGCCAUGACUGGACUGGAAAUUCCUCGAAUUCACAUCGAUUUGGAUAAGAGAACUGCGUUUGCUGAAGGAAUGGUCUCCGGUGCAGUUGAGAAAGCGAAAAAGGAACUGAGCUGUACUAGCCUGAAUGCAGACAGCGGAAUUGGUCAUGAUGGCGCAAGCUUUGCAGAAAGUCUCACCACAGAGAUUAUGACAUCCGCAUUGUCCAACGUCUGCCAAACCAUUAACCUUGGUUCUCCUAGGAGAGAAGGUGUCAAUGUGACAGAGUCAACAGUGAGUCAGCAGCUCAGUUUGAGUGUUGGCGAUGACAGUCUUGGUAGUUGGUCCAAUUUGAGCUUUGAAGAAGACCACCCAGAUGAGAGCAGCAGCUUUCACCAUCUAAGUGACAGCAGUAAUGGAAACAGCAGUAGCUGGAGCAGUCUGGGUUUAGAAGGGGAGGUUUAUGAAGAACAUUUGUCAUUCUCUCCAUCAGACAGUGACUACACUGAAGAGAAGGAGGCAGAGGCCAGGGAGGCUUCAGGAUCUGUGCGAGUGGAGAGGGAAGCAGGGCAAGCAGAAAGAGCUCUGCUGGUGGCGAGUACAGAUGUGUGGGGCCGGGGUCUGGAUCCCCAGCUGACAGCGGUGCUCCAGUGGAUAGCCGUCUCUAUUGCUGAGCUACCUUUAAUGCAGCUCAGCCAUUGCUCAGCUCUGGAGCUCCAGCAGCUGCCAGCUGUAGCACAAAGACUGAGGGAGAGAAAGUUCAGGGUCGGGGAUCUCCUGCAGGCUCUGCUGAGGUACUUUGAAGAACAUCACGGUGAAGAAGAUCACGUGGCUAGAGGCCAUAAGAACCUUUUCGAGUGGCUUCUAGAACAGGCUUAAAUCACGAUCACACGUUGCUGACAACGAUUAGCCAUUAAAAGAUGAAGUUUCCUGUCACUUUAGAGUGAUCUGCAAUGUAUCUGCCAAAUUAGAGGCAUAACCAGUUGAAUGUGUUUAUGUGUUGGGUAUUGCUUGUGCACCCGUGGCCACCCAGGGGGUGCCAUAGAAACAACUGAAGUAAUCUAAGAGCCAUUUGUCCAAGUGUGUGUAUUGCAUGCUGUGACCAUAAGUACUUUUUGCUUGCUUUGACCUCUCUUUUUGUUGUCGUAUUUUCUUGAAGAUUAGACUGCAUAUCACACGUUUUGAGCGGCAUCACUGAUACCUACAUGUUCUGAUUUUCCCCUUCCCAAUGUAUUAUAACACAAAUGAAAUGUUAUGAGUUGGUUUCAUGUUAGGGAAUCCCCAUUGCUGCAGGGAAGCUUAUGUCAUCUUCAUACCUCUCCUUUGUGGUGAUGUUUCCACUUGUUAAAGGGACCAGCCAAGCAAUCCAGCACAGUUCCAGGCCACUGGAGGGUAUUGCAUUAUACAUAAGAAAGACAAUUACAGUCAGGGGUAAUUAUGAUAAUUAUUUAAUUGUCAUCUUUACUUACAUAGUGCAGCACAUUUUGGCAACAGCACAUGGAUACCAGUCAUAACGAUGUAAAAAUAUAGUUCCAUUGAUUUACCUCACGGUAAUUAAAGAGUCACUUAAAAUAGUUGCUGUUAAGAACCCAUCAACAGAUAUUAUCAUAAUUUUUUUUCAAAUCAUAAUUCAUGAUUAAUAAAAUAAUAUAUAUACUGUAGCCAUAGGAAUUCAUAUUGGUUUUCAGUUAUUUGGUAUCCAUGUAAAUAUGAUUUUACUGUACAGAACGUAAAGUGAACUGUUGACACUAAACACUAAAACAACAACAGAUGUAGUUCACUAAAGACUGAAUGGUUUUUGUUGCCAAGUUACAGAGAACCAUAAAUUUACUUAAAGCUGCUAAACACGUAAACUUGCAUUCGCCAAAUGAGGAAACUCAUAGUAGAUAUUCAAAAGCAUUGAACCUUGUCUAGAAGGUGACAUUUAAUUUUCUGACUGCCUCCUGGCAUUAUCCACACAUUGAAGGUUACUGUGAUGAACUGAUGAGAAAACACAUGCAGUAUAAUCAAUAAUAUUAUCGUCACCUAGCAGGGACACUACAUGAGGGACUGAUCAAAAGUCUCUUCCACACUGAAUGUUGUACUUUACUCACUGCCUGUCAUUUAGUUUGCACUAUACUUUAAUAUUGCACUUAACUGAGGAACGGUUACACAGGCCAUUCCCUAAAUUUUUUACUAGAGCCCAACAGUGUCAGUGUGUAUUAAAACAAUUCCUAAACAAUAAAUCAUCAAAUACUAGUAGGUACUUACAGCCAGGCCCUAAAGGAUAAAUGCCCUUUCAGUAUUUUCCCAUAUCAGUUUCGCACACAAAAUUAAAGUUUACUGAACUGCAUGCUUUUACUGAUCCAAACCCGUAUGCUGUUGUUUUUUUCUGACAUUAAAAUAAUAUUUACGUGACUCUUUUCACACAAUGGCUAUUCAUACUGCUCAUCAUGCUCCAAAAACACCACUAAAGUGUCAUUAAACAGUCUAUACAUCUCUUGUGCUUUACCCCAUGUUUUCUGAAGUCAUACAGUCUGUGCUCUUUGUAUGGAACAGACUGAAAUUUAAGUAUUAACUGAUUAUGCCUCAACUGAGGCUUGUAUCUGACCCACAUCCACAUCUGGAAUUUUAAAAAUGUACCUGUUCCACCGAAAAAUAGCAACAUACAGGUUUGGAACAUGAGGGCGAGUUAUUUUCAGGUGAACUUUUCCUUUUAUUUUCAUGAAUCAUCUUAGAUUUGUUGUGCUCAAAUACUGAUCAGGUUAUAAAUUAGCUCGAUAAGAAGAUAAACCUUAAAUGAAGGCAUUCGUACCAUGGAAAGAUCGCUGUACCUUGUCCUUGCACUGCAAUAUGUAUGAUGCGCUUUCAGUCCAUGAUUGUGUAUUUAUCUUUGUGUGUGCAUGGAUGUUCUCUUCAUGUUAUUGUCAGUACUGAUUUAUUCUCUUAUGCAUAGUUUAUAUUCGGCCAACACCAUAUAUGCUCCCACGGCCCAUGAGUCGUCCAUGAAACACAUUUCUGUAUCCAUGUGGUUAAGUAACAUCAACGCUGCCAAAUAUAUUUGGAUCAAGACUUACAUGGUAUUUGUUUACAUUCUUUGAAACGUUUUUAAAACCUGCCAUACACUGUUGGUCAUUUUCCAAUAUGGUAGAAGUAAAUAUCGCCAAAACCGUAAUGUGGAAGAAGUACUUAAAACCAAGAAAAUGUGUUCUUGGAAGGUUAGUAGGAUGAAUAACGUGAGUUGGCGCUACAAAUGUCGUAACCAUCAACGCUGCCUCGAUCUCGGUGGAAUUGUAUAUGCAUCUGUGCUCUUGCUAUAGAUGGUCCGCCCUUGUGUAACUAUUCACUUUAUUUUUGUGUACAUUCCUAUCCUUCACGAAUGAUCUAUUGAUAUUUUGUGUUAUCUGAGGCUGCAUAUACAAUGCAGGGUUCAUGCCAUACUAAACAGAUGAAUAUUUUGUUACUUAUGCAGUAUUCCUCCAUUGUGUCUCAUAGUGUACUGGGCAAAUGAUACACAUUGACAUCUCUAUUUUUUGCCUGUUUAUAUACCCUUGCCAAAUGAUAUAUUUAAUAAUUUAUGUAAGUAUAAGUUGCAAUGGUGAGUACACUACUUGUUCCCCCAGUGAAGUUGCUAAGUAGUUUACACAUUUAAGCUUAAUGCACUAUACCUGUACACUGUAAAAAGCUGUGGGUAAUAAAGCUUUUUCAUUCCAA